CCGAGUACGCGUCGAGCUCGUUGACGAGAAGAUACAUUGAGAGAAGGAGAGGAACGUGGAUUCGUCAUACCAGUCAUUCGAGUCCUUCGAGUCCAAGGGGUAGCACAGGAGUUGUGUAACGUCUCUACGCUGGCAUCUGCAUUCUUCUUUAUUCGAUGCCAGCACGUUCGACCUGAGAGAAAUUCCCAAGAUACUUGACGGAUAAGUGCUUUGAAGUGUAUAAACAGUGGUGUGCGUUAAACGAUAUCGUGCUGACGGGAUUAAGUGGUGAACGAGGAAUAUACGUUGCGGGAAAUAUAUAUAUAUAUAUAUAUAUAUCUGUGGAGUUUAAUAAAAAGGGUAAUUAAGUAGUCACCGUAAAUUCCGAGUCGAAAUCUACAAAGUGCCAGUGGUGGAUCGACGAUGCAUUUACCGGACGGGCCGUUGGCUAUGGAGAACUUCGGUGCUGUAUACGAUACUCUACGGGCAUGUCACGGGGACCUCGUGCAGACCGGAAGUCCGGUUAUACUGUGCAGCGCACUUCCGUCCCAUUGGAGAUCGAACAAAUCCCUGCCUGUGGCUUUCAAAGUUGUUGCACUUGACGAUGUCAAUGACGGGACUCUCGUUACCAUAAGAGCAGGGAACGAUGAAAAUUGCUGUGGGGAAUUGAGGAACUGCACGGCUGUUAUGAAGAAUCAGGUCGCCAAGUUCAAUGAUCUUCGGUUCGUUGGUCGUAGCGGAAGAGGGAAAUCGUUCUCUCUCACCAUACAGAUCAGCACGGUGCCGUUCCAGGUGGCAACUUAUUCAAAAGCCAUCAAAGUCACCGUGGACGGACCUAGAGAGCCCAGGUCUAAGUCGAAUUACCAAUACGGACCAGGCUUUCCGGGAUUAGGAUUCCUCAAUCCAUGGCUGGAUGCUGCGUACCUCGGACACGCUUGGCAUUUGCCACAUCCAGCGUUAGUUAAAGGCUCAAUUCCAAUGCCACCGACAGACCUGUUCCCACCUACAUUUGCCCCGACAGUUCUGCCAACCGGAUAUCCGUUCACGGAGCACCUCAAGUAUUCAGCGGAUUAUCCGUUGCCACCAAAGACGGCGGCGUCGGUACCGUUGAGUCCCCCAAAAAGUUCACCCCGGAGUCCGGUCAGGACGCCGCCAAGGAGUCCCGCGAGGAGUCCUAGUGAGAGCGGAAGUGAUUCCGCCGCUGAGGAAGUCCGAAGUGCCUUCGUGCCUAUUCGACUGAAUACCCUUCCGCCUCCGGCGACGUCGGCUACGUCGAUCGCGCAAUCAUCCUCGUCACCCAUUUCCAAGAGGCCGACGGAAGGUACGAAGAACGUGCUCAAGGCGCCUACCGCGCUCAUCUCCCAGAGGACAAGCACCAAGAGUCCGUCGCCUACCAACAUCUCCACGCCGCCUACUACAAAGCCAGUCUGGAGGCCUUAUUAAGAUCCGUGCAGGUCCUAAUCUCGGAGGAUGAUCUUCGAUUUCGCCUUAUCACGUUGCAAGGCUAGUGAUUCACCACGCCGUUGACCGUCUAACCCCCCAGGACAAAGUUACAGUGAUACUGAAUUAAUCCAAAUUUUGCACGCCGAGCGUGGACGCCUGGUACAGUACUCAUCUGUAAGGACGGGGAAGCUGCGAGAGAUCUUCGACGCGAAAAAAAAGAAAAUUAUUAAAAAAUAGUCCCACUUUGUCGUUUCAGGUAUGACGAGUGACGUCGAAACGUCAAGUGUCAGGACUGUCUUUUGUACAUAGCCAAAGAGAUUCAAGUCGUUUGUAUAUACGUGUAGAUAGUAUUGGACAAUAAUUCCGAAUAUGUGAACGCGAUAGGGACGUAAAUCAGAAAAUUAAUUAUUAUGGAUGAAUGAGGGUCUGUGCGUUUGCGUGUGUAUAUACGAGUGUGAUAUAUAAAUACAAUGAGAGCGAAAUUUCGAAAGGAAAGAGAGUGAGACUGCCAGAGAUAUCAAUUAUUUAUAAGCCAGAGAUAUAAUUUAAUGUAAAGAGAAUGCAUAAUAAUAUACAUAGAGAGUCGGA